UCUAUGGAGCAUCAGCCGCUGUGUCCAUCUCUCACUGUCAUCAUGAUCUCUCAGCGUGGUGGAUGUAUGUUGCUGCUAGUGUUAGUUGUAGCUGCUGUAGCCGCUCCUCUACACGCUGUACCCAAGCGUGUAGCUAACAGGAUGAUCCCCAGCUGGUGGUCCAUGGUCAAGAACGUGUGUUGGUCAGAAUCUGACUGUGAGCCAGGGGAAUGCUGUGCUAGGCCUAUGCUCUCCUCCAAGGCCUACUGCAUGCCCCUCCGGACCCGAGGCCAGGUCUGUGACUCCUCGCCCCUCAUGCUGGACUUCUCCAAACAGGUGUACUUCAGCGACUGUCCGUGCCAGUACGACCUGAUGUGCGCCUCUCUCAGCAACAAGUCCAAGUCUCAAUGUGUCGACCUUCGAACCCUUGAGAUAGACUACCGACGCUUAGCCACCAUGAACAUUCCUCUCCCGAGUGAGAAUCAUUGAUUCUCCUCUUCCUCUUCUUACUCCUCCUCCUUCCCCACUUCCUUCAUCUUCUCUUAUUCCACUCGAGGCAGACCUUUGACGACCAGCCACUCUCAAGGAUCAACUUCAAGACCUCUUUUGGAGGUUGUGAACGCUUCCAGGACAUCUGGAGUAAUUUUGGCCACCUCAGGGACCACUUCUGGGUGCUUCAGGGACCUAGACCUGCUGAAGGCUACUCCAAGGCCUAAUUCUGACUAGACGAAGGUCUAGAAACCACUUCCAGGACCAUUUCUGACCACCCGUAACGACCACUACCCACUACGAGACUGCUCUUACCACACAAACCAUAUAUGGGUUCAAGACCAUUUAUAUAUUCUAGAUGAUCUAUCAUGUAAGUUGGAGAACCUCGCAGUAUAUACAAGACUACGUAUCGUCAUCUUAGCAACACUAAAAUUCUAGCACAAGAGAAUGAAGAAGACUUUCUGGGCAAGUUCGGCAUUCUGAAAUUUAAAUUUAGUUUUUCAGUGAGAGCUGUCUUUCUUUAAAUAGCCCCCCCCCCCCCGCCAACCUCAAAUUUUUCUUCCUUUCACAUUUCUGUCUUAUUUCUCAAUUUUUCAUUUUCCCAAUUCUCUCUCCUCAUGGGAUGUUUUUUUAACGUUUUAUUUCCGUUUUAUCAUGAAGUUUAGGCCUGCCAGGUACUGCAGAGACCAACCGAGAAGCAAGACCCGAGAGCGACUUGUGUUGGACCCACAGUCGCCAGGUACAGUAGCAUCUCAACAACAAAUACAUAAAACCCUCUGUCAUCUUGAGGUUGUGAACCUCUGUCUAACAGCGUCUUCACCUCCACCUUACAACACUCUAAUGUCCGCCAACAGGGUGCCAGUGACGGGGCAAAACUACAGUAUUGACCGAGGACAGAAAGUGAAGUUAGCCACUCUGAAACUCCCCCUCCAUACCACUAAAGUUGAUUUUCAGUUACAGUAGGUUACACAAGUUCAGCCUGGGUUAAAACUGGUGGAAACUAGGCUCAGAUUCCUGCAAGACUUCAAGAAACAUCAUCCACAGUAGUACUAGGAACAAUAUUUUAUUUGUCGCACCAGCAGAAGGUGGUCGUUGUCUAGGAGUGUAACGUUGAUCAUUGGUGCACCUGUAUAGGGUGUGGUGGGUCCAGGUAGCGUUCACUACCUGCCGCGUUUCUACGCUUGUUAGUGCAAAACAAAGACUGAGACAUA